AUAUAUGAAGAGUUUCAUCGCAAAACGCAUUAAGCGCAAUUUUUGACAUUUCUCAAGUAAGGACUCCAUCGGAUAAUACAAAAUAAUAUAUUUCAAAUGAAACAUUGCUCAUUAUAUAAAGGAUUUUUUUGCAGUUAUGAUUAAAAGUAUUACAAAUUUUCUUAUUAUUUUCUUUAUAUUUCAGCAGCUUAAAUCUGAAAUAUCUCAAAUCAACCAAAAUGGAUAUAUUGCGUUCUGCAAUGAAACUCUACAUAUGCAUUAUACUUUUGUCGUUUUGUUUCUGUUUCAGAACAAGGCAAUACAGAGUUACAGAGUACUAGACUACUAGUAGUAGUGAGACGACUAUAGUGACAAUAUGCCACAGGUAUUUUGAUUUUCUUUUUUUUCCGUCUUCUUUUCCCUCUUGAUACUAUUAAUACAUGGAUAACUUUGCUUCUUAUACACACGGUAGCCCGAGCAUGUUUUACUUUUAGAUGCAGAACAUUUUUUCUACCAAUAUAAAUGUGUUGAUGGAGGGAAGGGGGCAGCCUUUCGGGAAUUGCCCACUUUCUUUCAUCACGUACUUACAUGCAUGCUUGGUCUUUGAAUGAAGUAUCAACUUCAAUCAGUAAACUUAAGCAUCCCCCAUUUUUUGACCAGAGCAUUAAAAUAUUACAUGUGUAUCCUUCCCAGUGGUUUAUUUAUGGCCUAAUUAAGGGGAGCACAUGGAUUCCCAAUGGAUGGGGUGCAGGGGAAAGCCCCCUAGAAGCUAAGAGCUUUUAGUUUUUAGCAAUUUUAACAACAGAUUCUUGGGCCGCCAUAUAAUGUCACUUUUAGUAAACACUGUUGGGGGGUGCCCCCUUGCCCCCACCAUUUACUAUGCCGUAAAUUCAACAUCCAUCCAUGUAAACUCAGAUCAUGCCGUGCAUUUUGGCUUCAAUUUACUAUACACUUCGAGUUUGACCCCAGUAUAUUACUCUUUCUUUUCUUAGCAUCCAAGACCAAAGAAAUCACGGAAGCGAUUUCAACAACAAACCCUUUUUCACUUUGGUCUAGCACAAUCUAGUGUCGGUGUUAAACGAGCGAGAGCGUGUUCAGGAGGUGAAGGUGCGUUUUGAAGCUAAAAUCAUUUUGCUAGAGGGCAAGUUCAAGGUUAUUUCUAGGCUGGCGAAAGUUAAUUUUUGAACAAAAUUGACGUUAGAAAAUGCAAAACUAUUCUUGUCCCAUGUGUAAAGAUGGAUAAUGAUUAUUGCAGAUAAUAAGAAUGGAUGAUUUUUUAUAUUUGAUUUAAAUGAAGAAACUGUAUAAUAAAUAGCAUUUAAAUACACAGGUCUAGAAAUUGAAGUUGUGGAAAAUGUGUUUAUCGUCCUGAUGUCAUGUCCCCUGUGUAACGCCUGCAAAAUAGCCUAACUUACCCUUUAUAAUAUUUGAAGUAAGAUGAAUUAAUAACCAUCCGAAAUACACUAACGCUUUAUUAUACUUACAAAGUUACUUUAACAAUGUGAGCUUGUUGAAUUUUAUCAUUAAUUGUGGACAUUUAUCUAAUCCAUCCAUAUAUGAUCUACCAAUCAAUUGUACAGAUGCAACAUUGACAUGUGCUCUAAGAGUUUCUGCUUUGGAGUUGAAUCGGAGAAAUACAGAAUACCAAAUUUUCAAACAACGCUUGCUGCAAAACAUGGAUGCCGUCAACAUGGUCCUACGACGGGAUGUGCCGGGCGAUGGAAACUGCUUUUACUACUGUGUACUGGAUCAAAUGGGUCGACCUGGGAUGGAAUGUGGACCUAAGCGCAGAACGGCUUCAAACUUGAGAGCGGAUGUCGUAUCCUUUCUAGCUAACGUGGAUGAAAAUGACCCACUAAAACCUCAUGUCACCGAAAGGUUUUUGUCUGAAUCGAAGAAGGAUGGGAUUUGGGCUGACCACGUUAUCAUCCAGGCAAUGGCGAGAAUGCUCCACAGGGACAUAUGGGUGGUUACCAGUAGUAAGUCCAUGACUGAAAGGGGGAACCUCAUCGAGAAGAUUCAAAGUGGAUACCAAGGACAAGGAGACCCAAUGCUUUUGGGUCAUCUUGGCCAACUUCAUUAUUGGAGUUUAGGUAAGUGUUUAUUUUGUAGUGUGCAAAGACUUGGAACAUACAAAGGGUUUAAGGUGGCCUAAAGGCCCUAAAGCGACAAUAAA